AUUGCCAAACUAAAAGGAAAAGCCCAAGUUUGGCUGCACGCAAACGCAACACGCAUUUUGGAGCCAACCGACCACCUUUGUGAGCAGCUGAUCCUAGCAUUUGCAACUAAGAUGUCAAAGGGGGAGCUGAGGAACGCGUUCCAAAAUCGUCAGUGGCGUUCAGGAGAAAGGUUCGCUUCUUAUUUCGAGGAGAAAGUUAUGCUGGCCAACGAUAUAAACAUCGACAAGGAGGAGCUCCUCGAAAACAUCAUCGAAGGAAUUCCAGCACCAGGGCUACGCGACCAAGCUCGCAUACAAUGUUUCGCCGAACCUGGGCAGAUUUUGAAAGCCUUCUCUGCAAUCCGUUUACCUGAACGAAAGCAGGAGGUCAAUUCUUCGCAGCGCUCUUCCGGAAAGAUUGCAGACACAAAGGACUUCCGUUGCGCCAAUUGCAACUCAAAGGGCCACUACGCCAAGGACUGUCAGAAACCGAAACGAGAGCCCGGAUCAUGCUACGCAUGUGGCAAAUUUGGACACUUUGUGGGUCAGUGCCCUGAGCGUAAAAGCGCAAAUGCAAAUAAAUACCAUGCCUCAUAGACACUGGCAGCCCAAUAUCAUUCGCCAAAACAGC